AAUUGAUUUAAGCUUACUUAUCACUUUGUUGGUUAUGAAAUGUGAAAACUGGUUGCUUUUGUUUUAACGUUUCAUUGAAGGCGUACACUGACCUAUACCCCCUGUUUAAGUUCGCGUCCAAUUAUUCGCCAAUAAAAUUUGUGCAAUUAUCUAUGGGCAGAGCGAAGAACUUUAUUUGGUUGCUGGUUUUAGUUUUGGCUGUUCUGACUGCGGUGUAUAUAAAUCCUUUCGGUUUCAGUAAGUAAACGCGUGUCGUGAUGCAAUCUUUUCUGUCUCGAAUUGUGGUUUUUCGAAGUUUUCCGCGUUACGCUAAUCUUAACCAACUGUAUGUUUCUGCAUCUGGUUCGUAUAUCCGGACUGGGAGCGUAGCCUCAUCUCGAUGGUAUUCCCUGGAAAAAGAGAUAAAUAUAACUGUGGAAAAAUUAAAGGAAUUGAUGAAAAAUGGUGACCUAAAACUAAUCGAUGUUCGUGAACCUGACGAGUUGAUAGAGGCUGGAAGGAUCCCUAAUGCUGUGAAUAUUCCGCUUGGUGAAAUCGAAGAAGCUUUUCAGAUGGACAAAGCGGCUUUCCGAGAGAAAUACAAGUUUGAAAAGCCUGAAAAAUGGGAGAAAAAUUUGGUCUUCAGCUGCAGAAGUGGAGUAAGAAGCAUGCGUGCCCUCAAAAUGGUACAAGAAAUGGGUUAUGAAAACCCGCUUAAUCUUAUCGGGGGUCACAAUGCAUGGAAAAAUGCACAUUUGAAGGAGGAAUAGCAGCCUUGCACUAUCUGGAUGUGUUUGAAACAUAUAUUUAAUUCUGUGAUUAUGGUAUAUAUUUACUAAUUGUUAUAUUUGUAUAGCUGUUGUUUCGAAUACAUUUUUUUAGCUAAACGUGU